AUGGGCGUCCAGUGGCGUUGUAUUUGCCCUCACCGGGACACCAGGAUAGGAAAACAACAGUCGGGAGCGUUCACAUCCAAGUGGCUCUGCCAAAGAUAUUACUUCUUGAUGUUCAACACCGAUUCCAGAGUGCGUCAUCUGCAUAAAACAGAUGAGAGACAUACGAUUCAUUGUUUGGGAUUUUUUCCCUUUAAAGAUGCGUUUAUCGCAAGCCUCCUUCAUCGCGAUGUUGCACAUGGUUUGAAUUACAUUCACAACAAGAUAGAGGAUGAACGAAGGAUAAUACACCGUGACAUAAAAAGCGGUAACAUUCUCUUGACUGAGAAUUGGGAGGCAAAGAUUGCUGAUUUUGGCCUUUCUAAAUUCCGCCCGGAGAAUCAACAGUUGAACACACUCUAUACAGAAAAUAUUGCGGGCACAAAAGUGUAUCUGGAUCCGGAAUAUGAUAAAACGGGUAGGUUGAAGAAUGAAACAGAUAUUUACUCUUUUGGGGUCGUUUUAUUUGAGAUGUUGUCUGGGAGGUUUGCGAAUGAUCCAAUUUACACCAAGGAAGAUAUUAACGGGAUUGCACCUGUCGCACGUAGACGCUUCAAUGAGGGAACAAUAAAGGAAAUGGUUGAUCCUAGGUUAUUGGAAGAAACUCAUGAAACCAUUUUCAAUCCAAAUAAAGGACCAGAUCAAGAUUCCUUAGAUGCAUUUUCAAAAAUUGCCUACCAGUGUGUGGCAGAAACCCAAGUUGAGCGUCCAACAGCGGAAGUCAUUGUCAAGAAACUUGAAGAAGCAUUAUCUUUUCAAGAAAACUCCAAAGAAAACAUCAAAAUUUCUCUCGAUGACAUAAAAUCGGCCACACGAAACUUCAGUGAUGACCACUUGAUUGGUAGGGGUGGAUUUGGGAAAGUCUACAAAGGACAAAUUACACAUACUACUGGAUGUAAUGCCAUUGCUGCAAAGCGGCUGGACAGACAGUUCGGUCAGGGAGAACUAGAAUUUUUGUCGGAGCUGCAAAUUCUUUUGGAGUAUAAACACGAAAAUAUCAUCGGUCUUGUAGGUUAUUGCAACGAAAUGGGUGAAAGCAUCAUUGUUUAUGAGUAUGCAUCUAGAGGAACUCUUGAUAGGUACUUGUCAGACAAUGAUCUUUCAUGGAUUAAACGUCUUGAGAUAUGCAUUGAUAUUGCCAGGGGGUUAGAGUUCCAUCAUGGAGGUGCUGUAACACAAGAGGUGGUGAUACAUAGGGACAUCAAAAGUUCAAAAAUUCUUCUAAAUGAUGAUUGGAAAGCAAAAAUUACUGAUUUUGGGCUUUCCUUGUUAAGUCCAAUAAAUAAGGAUAUUGAUUUUGUCAUCGAUAAUGCUUGCGGUACAAUGGGCUAUUCUGACCCACUUUACUUUGAAUUGGAUUUCUUAACCCAAGAAUCUGAUAUAUACUCGUUCGGGGUGGUUUUAUUAGAGAUCUUGUGUGGGAGAUUAUGUCUUAAAAACAGCCAUGACCAAGUUUCACAAUUCCUAACCACUUUGUUUAAACACCACUAUCUAGAAGGAACGGUCGAUGAGAUAGUGUUUGAAGGCAUAAAGGAGCAAAUUGCUCCAAAAUCGUUGUCUAUGUUUCAAAAGAUUGCCUAUCAAUGCUUACAACGUGAAAGAGAACAACGACCAACAUCUAGUGAGGUGCUACUGCAACUUAAGAAGGCAUUGGAAUACCAGAUGGAAAACACAUCUGCCAACAACAGAGCGAUUGUUCCUGCAACAAGUGAACUUGUUCCUCCUUUAUCACAUAAUGUGUUGGUGCCUCCACACAAACCAGAGAAAUUCAAUGGCUUGGAUUUUAAAGGAUGGCAACAGGAAAUGAUUGUCUACUUGAAAACACUCAACUUGGAUGGAUUUCUGACUAAGGAUCCACCCGAGUUGAAUGCCCAAGUAGGAGACAUUCAAGCACCAGCUGUCUUUGAUGCUUUGAAGAACUCAGAUUUCCUGUGUCGCAAUUAUAUAUUGAAUUGCUUAGUGGAGGCAUUAUCAAACAGGCAUAGUACCACUAAAACAGCAAAAGAAUUAUGGGAAUCCUUGGAGCGGGAGUACAAUACAGAGGAUGUCCAUGUUGUUGCACGUUUUCUAGAGUACAAAAUGGUGGAUUCUAUAACAGUAGUGGAUCAGGUGCAAGAACUCCAGAUAAUCAUGCAUGACAUUCACACCGAGGGAACCACAUUGAGCGAGACUUUUCAAGUAGGUGUGAUUAUUGAAAAGUUGCCUCCAACUUGGGUAGAUUUGAAGAAAUAUUUGAAACAUAAGAGAAAGGAAAUGAGUGUGGAAGACCUCAUCAUACAGCUACAAAUUGAGGAGGGUAAUAGGUUGGCUGAAAAGAGAGGGUAUGUUUCAGAUGUGCCUAAUUAUUAGGGUAAUGUUUUCGAACCUGACAAAUCUUCAGAGGGCCAACAUUUGAAAGAUGGCUAGCGCAAAAAGCUAAAGCUUUAUCUUGGGUCAAAACUCAAAAGGUGGAAAGUUAGAAAAGAAAUACGGAGGGAAAUGCUACAAUUUAGAUCAGUUUGGCCACAAGUUUUUGAAUUGAUAGUACGUUGCACAAGUGAAAGAAGACGGGAGAAGUGAACCACUUAUACUUGUGUCACGCUUGAGGUGCCCAAAACGGCCCUUGUAUUUAUGAUUUCGUAAUUCAUCUCCUCGUGUGUAUAUAUUAUGAGAAAGAGCUGUAUAGACUUUUAAUUAACGUCAUUCCAUCAUUUCUGAAGGGGUAAUUAUGUUA